GACUGUACGGAGAGGUUGGAGUUAGGUAUCUGCGUGGAAUAGGCAUGGAUACCAAGGAGCAAGGAGCCCAAAUGGAGCCAUUAUUACCAACGAGAAACGAUGAAGAGGCUGUGGUGGAUAGAGGGGGAACAUACAGCAUUCAGAAAACACAUUUUGAAAAGGAGGAUUUGGAAGGUCAUCGGACUCUGUAUAUCGGUGUUCAUGUUCCACGGGAAAGGCGAAGCCACCGGCGGCAUAGGCAUCGCGGUCACAAACAUCGCAAGCGUGAUCGAGAAAGAGACUCGAGCACAGAGGAUGGGAGGGAGUCUCCUACUUAUGAUACUCCAUCCCAACGUGUGCAGUUCAUUCUUGGAGUAGAGGAUGAUGAUGAAGAACAUGUUCCGCACGAUCUCUUCACUGAACUUGAUGAAAUUUGCAUGCAUAAUGGUGAAGAUACAGAAUGGAAGGAGACUGCUAGAUGGCUGAAAUUUGAAGAGGAUGUUGAAGAUGGAGGGGAUCGAUGGAGUAAACCGUAUGUCGCUACACUAUCGUUGCAUAGUCUGUUUGAGUUGAGGAGCUGUAUCAUCAAUGGAACAGUCCUGUUGGACAUGAGAGCCAGCACCAUUGAGGAAAUUGGAGAUCUAAUUCUGGACCAGCAAGUAGCCUCAGGACUGAGUGAUGAAAUUCGUCGAAAAGUGCAUCAGGCACUCCUGAAACAGCAUCAUCAUCAAAGUCAAAAGAAGUUUAGCAAUCGAAUUCCUAUAGUAAGAUCUUUUGCUGAUAUUGGAAAGAAGCACUCUGACCCACAUUCACUGGAUAAAAAUGGUCACAUGAUCUCUCCGCAAUCUGCUCCUGCUCAUCUGGAAGGCAAAACUGACGUCAGUCGAGAGAACAGCACUGUUGAUUUUAGUAAGGUGGAUAUGCACUUUAUGAAAAAGAUACCUCCAGGCGCAGAGGCUUCAAAUAUCUUAGUCGGAGAACUUGAAUUUCUGGAUCGAUCAAUUGUUGCAUUUGUUCGUCUAUCUCCAGCUGCUGUUCUAUCUGGAGUUGCUGAAGUUCCGAUCCCAACACGAUUUUUGUUUAUUCUCUUGGGUCCUCUUGGUAAGGGUCCUCAAUAUCAUGAAAUUGGCAGGUCGAUUGCAACACUGAUGAGUGAUGAGGUAUUUCAUGAUGUUGCAUAUAAAGCAAAGGACCGCAAUGACCUGGUUGCUGGUGUGGAUGAAUUUCUUGAUCAAGUGACUGUUCUGCCACCUGGAGAGUGGGAUCCAUCAAUCCGAAUAGAACCACCAAAGAGUGUACCUUCCCAGGAGAAAAGAAAAGUUCCAGGAAUACCAAAUGGAACCACAGCUCAUGGAGAUCCCGACCCACAUGAGGAGCAUGCAGGACCCGAGCUGCAGAGAACAGGAAGGUUAUUCGGUGGAUUAUGUGAAGACAUCAAAAGAAAAAUCCCAUUUUUUUGGAGUGACUUUAGGGACGCUUUAAACUUGCAGUGUGUGGCAUCUUUCUUAUUCUUGUACUGUGCCUGUAUGUCACCUGUCAUUACAUUUGGUGGUCUGCUGGGAGAAGCUACAGAAGGUUCCAUAAGUGCAAUUGAAUCUCUCUUUGGAGCGUCUAUGACAGGCAUAGCAUAUUCGCUAUUUGCCGGGCAGCCACUAACAAUCUUGGGGAGUACAGGGCCAGUCUUGGUGUUUGAGAAAAUACUGUUUAAGUUCUGCAAAGAAUAUGGCUUAUCCUAUCUUUCUUUGAGAACGUGUAUUGGACUUUGGACAGCUAUUCUCUGUCUGCUUCUUGUUGCUACGGAUGCAAGUUCAUUGGUAUGCUACAUCACCCGGUUCACUGAGGAAGCAUUUGCUUCCCUUAUUUGCAUUAUAUUCAUCUAUGAGGCUUUAGAGAAGCUGUAUCACCUUGGUGAGACAUACCCCAUCAACAUGCACAAUCGCCUGGAACAGCUGACGCAUUAUUUUUGCAUUUGUUUGGAACCACAAAAUCCCAGCAAUAAAACUUUAGAAUACUGGAAUAACAACAAUAUCACAGCAAAGGAAAUUCCGUGGGGAAAUCUGACUCUGUCGGAAUGUAUACAAUUUCAUGGAACAUUUUUUGGAACAGCUUGUGGUCAUCAUGGUCCAUAUGUUCCUGAUGUCCUGUUCUGGUCGAUAAUACUGUUCUUUUCUACGUGUACCUUGUCACACUUUCUGAAGCAAUUUAAGACCAGCCGGUAUUUUCCUACCAAGGUACGAUCGACAGUCAGUGACUUUGCUGUCUUUCUUAGCAUUUUAACGAUGGUUUUAAUUGACUAUGGUCUUGGGAUCCCUUCGCCAAAGCUCCAAGUUCCAAGUGUUUUCAAGCCAACCAGAGAUGACCGCGGAUGGUUGAUUAAUCCUUUGGGUCCCAAUCCAUGGUGGACUAUAAUAGCAGCCUUUAUUCCAGCAUUGCUUUGUACCAUUCUAGUCUUCAUGGACCAGCAAAUAACUGCAGUAAUCAUUAAUAGAAAGGAGCAUAAACUGAAGAAAGGAUGUGGCUAUCAUUUGGACUUAAUUAUUAUGUCUAUCAUGCUUGGAAUUUGCUCUAUAAUGGGUUUGCCAUGGUUCGUCGCAGCCACUGUCCUUUCUAUAUCCCACGUCAACAGUCUGAAGUUGGAAUCUGAAUGCUCAGCACCUGGUGAACAGCCAAAAUUCUUGGGUAUUCGUGAACAGCGAGUCACUGGCCUUAUGAUUUUUAUUCUUAUGGGUUCAUCUGUCUUCAUGACUUCUGUUUUACAGUUCAUUCCAAUGCCAGUGUUGUACGGAGUAUUCCUUUAUAUGGGCGCAUCUUCUCUCGGAGGAAUUCAGCUAUUUGAUCGGUUGAAGCUCUUUGGGAUGCCUGCAAAACACCAACCAGAUUUUAUCUAUCUUCGGCAUGUGCCCCUACGGAAAGUACAUCUCUUUACUGUUAUCCAGGCCUCUUGCUUGAUCAUUCUCUGGGUAAUAAAAGCUUCUCGGGCUGCCAUUGUUUUUCCCAUGAUGGUUCUGGCACUUGUGUUUAUCCGAAAGCUGAUGGAUUUCAUUUUCACUAAACGAGAGCUGAGCUGGCUGGAUGACUUGAUGCCUGAGAGUAAAAAGAAAAAGUUAGAAGAUGAAGAAAAGGAAGAAGAACAAAUAAUGCUAACAUUAGCAGAGGAAGGAACAAUUCAUUUACCAUUGGAAGGAGCUUACAGGAAUGAUCCUUCUGAUAUUAACAUAUCUGAUGAAAUGGCCAAAACCUCUGUCUGGAAAGCCCUCCCCAUGAACACCGAAAAUGCAAAAAAUAAGAAUCCAUUCUUUGAAUCAAAAAGCUCCCCUUCCUUACCUCUCUAGAAGCCAAAUCCCCAAAAGCUGCCCUGAUUACAAUGAAAUGAGAACAGAGAAGAAAGCUUACUCAGGGAAGGGUAUCGACAGGGAAACAUGUCUUUAAUCUAUUUUGCAUUUGGUUCCAUGUUUUCCUGCUGAUUGAAAAUCAGUGCCACAUUUAAC